AUGGCGGGAAGAGUGUUUGCAUUCUUCCUCCUCGCAGGACUUCUGCACAUCCUGAGCGUCUCAGGAGAAUCCACAGAGUGUCGCUUGUGCGAGAGUUUGCUGACCGAUUCCGAUCAUUGCACGUUUCUCCUGGACGAAUCCACCGAGAAUCCGCCCUGGAAUUGUCCUCUUGUCUUUCCCUGUGGCAAAAUCAUCGCCAUAAACUACACUUUCCUCAUGAAUUACAGAGCCAUUCGUCUGCAGAGAGUGAUUAAGUGCUACAAAUUCAUCAUAGCCACGCAAAAUUUCUCAAGAUACACAGAUUUCUUCUGGGGACAUGAGAAAUUCGCUCCUUAUUCCAAAAUUAUUCUCCUCGAAAGUGGCACUGAAGAGCCCUUUAAUUUCACAGCUGCGCAAAUUAAGUACAUUUAUUUGAAUGCUUUGCAUGUCCUGCAGGUCUAUCAGAGUCCAUUGCAAAUCUCUCUCCGCAACAUUCUCACAGGAAUCGAGGUAGUGGGAAAUCGUGAAAAUAUUCCCAACAUCUACAAAGUCCUGAAGCGCCAUCAUUUGCACCCAUUGAUAGACAAUGAAUUCUCUCAGAAUGAAAUAAACAUCAGCUUAUUCCAUUGCCCACCGUUUGUUGUGGAUAAACAUCCCACCAAAGCAGAGAUAACGCUGGACUCUAAGAGAUUCGAUGGAAUUGAGUAUCGUCUUCUGGCUCACAUCACCAGACGCUGGAAGCGGCGGUUUAUCGUGAGAAAUGCUACAGACGCCGGAGAUCCAUGGUUGGAUGUUCUCAUGGACGCUCUGGAGAGGCGAACAAAUGUGGCCCUUUGCGGCAUUUGGUUAAUUGAUGAGGUGCAGAGUAUGUUGGAAGUAUCCAGACCUUACGGUGAACAAUGCCUCUCCUUUCUCGUGCCGCGACUGAAGCCCGUUCCACGCGAUCGUUACAUCUAUCUGGCGAUGAAUGAGCGAGUCUGGACUCUCUAUCUCGUCCUCACGCUCUUCAUCUGCUUGCUGGUCUACUUCCUGAUCACCUUCAACACGAACAACAGCCUCGCGCUGCAGUUCAACCUGCUGAUCGAAUCCACGAUGGAAGUUCUCUCGAUCGCCACUCAGCACGGCGUCACGCGCUUCCCCAGAAGAUUCUCAGCAAAAAUCCUCCUGAUCGCCUGGUUCUUCUUCUGCCUCCUCAUCACGGCCAUCUACUCCACCGGCCUCACUUCCAUCCUCACCACUUCACUCUUCCGCAGACCCAUUCAGAGCGUGCAGGAUAUUCUGGACAUCAAUAUGAAGUGGGGCGAUGUUACUGAUCACUUUAUGGAGGAAAUGCAGAGAUCUGGCAAUGCGGAAUACAUUAAACUCGCUGACCUCAAGAUUGACGCCCGAUCAGAAGAAGCAGACAAACUCAUAAAGGAGCAUCGAUACGCUCAUUCAGUGUCAGUCUUGUGGCGAAAAUACAUCGCUGGCUUACACACCUUUACGAACUUCUCCGACUACGCAUCAAGUUAUCGCGUGAUGGACGAUUGCAUAUACAAAUUCAACACUGUUUUCGCCUUCGAGAAGAACUCUCCGUACGCCAAGCUCUUCACCCGGGAGAUUCCCAAGUACAUCGAGUCCGGAUUGCUUAUGCACUGGUUCAACUUGUACGCCGUUCGCCACGGCGAUCGCGCCAUGCACUCCCUGUUCCUGCAGACGAAAGACACAAUGCGCGGUCCGCACACUUUCACCGUGGACAACCUGACAAUCGCGCUCUACAUCUGGGCCGUCGGCCUAGCACUCGCAACAAUUGCAUUCAUUGUGGAAUUGUCAUAUCAAAAAGUCUCACGCAUGGUGAAAAACGAGGAUUCUUCGUUUUAUUAUGUAAGAAGACGCGCAACGGCUAAUUAA